AAAAUAAAGGUUAGGGUUAGGGUUUAGGCAAACAAGAGGAAGAGAGAGGAGUCGAUUCAAAGGAGGUUCCAAUAGAGGAAUAUGUCGAAGAAGAAUAGUUUAGCUCGUAGAAAAAGACAACACGAUUUCGAUCUCAGAAGGGAGAAGGAAGAGAAGGAGAAGGCGGCAAAGAAGCUUCAAGCAAAGAAGAAUAAGAUGAAGGUUGAUGGUAAUGGGAAGAAAAAGAAGAAAAUUGGAAGCGGGUUUCAGGUAGGGAAGAGAAAAUUGAAGACCAAGUUAACUGAAACUGCUAAAGCCAAAGCAGCUCAAGCAAUGGAGCUCGACAAAUGAGGUUCGGUUCAUUCAUGUUCAGCUUCGUGGUUAUUUAUUUUUUGAGGAUAUAUACUUGUUAAAGAGAUUGAACCAUACGUUAGCCUGAGAAUAAGCUUUUAGUAAAUUUGGCUAUCUGUGGCUAAAGAAUUUCGAUCUGGAUUCUGGCAUGGCAGUUUACCCUCUUAAUUUGAUAGUUAGUCAGCUGCAUUGUUUUUUUUAA